ACUCCAUGGACAGUAACAAAAAAGUCAUUAGUCUGUGCACAUUCAAACAUGCGUCUAGCGGUCAUAACAAUGUGUGUGAGAUUCGUGUGUGUUGCUAGUGGGACGUUGAUGGAUCCAUAUGAAGCAGCAGUGGGGGCUCAAGAAACUAGACAUCCACAGCAACUGCCUACAUCGCCUCCAGAUCUUUUCCCUCCCCUCCCUACGAAGAUUGGUUUAGUCGGCGCUGACGCCUCGUCUUUAAGCUUUGCAUUUUAUGAACCGUGCACUCCAGAGAGUUGUCUUCCUAUUUGCUGGUACAUCAAAAAAGAAAGUGACUCAACAUGGCAGAGUUACCUUCAAACAUCAGAACAAAGAAACCAGACGGCAGGGAAGAUGACGUUGGUGACGUUUGAGACAUUACAACCAAAUACACAAUAUCACGUUUUUACUAAAAUAGUAUUACAUGUAGAGGGUACAGAAGAUACAGCUAGUUGUCCCCCAACAAGCAAUAUAUCACGUGACAAUCCCGUCCACGCGAGGACAUGCGGAGAUAACGUGCCGGGAGUGCAGAAUCUGAUGGUGCACAUGGACAUUGAGGAGGGACUAGUAUUGAGCUGGCUUCCCCCAAAAAGCAAGUGCACGACCUUGCUUGAGUACCGAGUAAUCAAGCUAUCCAACUAUGAGUCCACCGAAUCAUCAGGAGGAAAGUUUUGGAGCAACGUCACUGACAUGGUCACGUGGCCCACCAAACCCUGCGUCGCUUAUCCUGAGCGACAUUGCCACCUACUGGGGUCCACCUCCGCUCACAUAUUUCAUGUGCAGGUGAAGAGAACGCAAGAUGGCGCACUGAGUAAACCGGAAAAAUGUCGAAGAAUUUCUACAUUAGGGCCGCCGGUGCGGCCGCGUGGACUGGAGGUGGCGGGGGUGCAGACGCAGGCCCUGGAGUUGCGCUGGCGCCUGCCGCUCCUGCCGGGAGGCCUGCCGGCGCACGCGCUCGUCAGAGUGAGCGCGGGCGCGGCCGUCAGGAACCACACGGUGUGCGUGCGAGGCCAGGCGCUCAUGGCGUUCAAGGUAACUGCACUGCGACCAGGGACGCUCUUCAACGUGUCAGUGAGUUUCUUGCAGAACGGCAUCGCGGGAGAGCCAGCCACUGUACAAGGACGAACUGCACCUGAGGGACGAAGGGCCCCAUCGAGCAAACCCAUUACAUCCUCGACGAUAGACGAACUUCCAGGAACUAACGCGCUACUCUACGAAAGUUCCUCGCAAAACGCAUUUGAUAGCCCACGACCUACAGAGCAGCUACACUACCGAAGCAACGUAACCAGAUCAAGGGGCAUGCCAGGAGAAGAACGUGACGGUGCAAGAGCGUUAACAGAUCCCACCCCGUUGAGCACAUCCCCUCCAACAGUUCGACCCAAGACGACGUUAAAUGUUACAGAUGCAAAUAAUCAAACGAAUAAUCAGAAAUUAACUGAGAAGGCUAAUACGACUGCAGAGCAUAAAGCAUCGUGUGUUACCGAUCGAAAUAGAUUGCAUAAGCGCAGUGAGUCAUUCAAUUCUUCGUGGACGUUUAUAGCUAUUCUAUGCCUACAAUUGGAAGUUUCCUCGCUGGAUAUUGUUGGGGACGGCAAGCUGCGCACUCCCGAGAUUUCACAUCAAGGAGAAGCGUUUAUUGGGGAUGUGUUCGACCCACAUGAAUACGAGGAUGUCACUCAACCACCUCCCUACGAAGUUUUGAAAACUGAAAAUAACCUUGAUCAAUGGGGAAUGCAGCCACUAAACCCCACAGAACUUCUCCAGUCUCAGGUGGCAUCUGAUCAAGGACCUUCCAACUCCACUGCGUCGCGAAUGGCGAAAGAACGAACGUUCUAACUGGAAAAGAGCCGCACCACACAAAUUGCCCUCUUGAAAACCUUAAUACUUUCAAAUGUCAUUUAAAAAUCGAAUACGGUAAUUUUUUAAAAAAAGUUGUAUAAAACAUGAAUAUAAAAAUUAAUGAACAAUACUAACGUAAUUAAAUUAUGUAAUAAAUUUUAUUGUGAUAAUGAUAAUAAUUUCAAAUAAAAUUAUUAAAUUCUGUGUGAAACUGC